AUGCCUAAAAAUCAAAAACUGCCUCUUCAAUGCUUUCUUCUACUCUCUCUUUUGAUCUCAAGAUCUCUCUCAGCUUUAUACAUGAUUUCUCAAGAUUGUGAUGAAGUCUUCAACUAUUGGGAACCUUUGAACUUUCUACUAAGAAACUUUGGCAAACAGACCUGGGAAUACUCUCCAUUAUACGCUAUACGAUCCUGGGCCUAUUUACUACCAUACUCCAUAUUUUAUCCAAUAAUCCAUUCAAACCUCUUUCCCAAAAUUUAUUACAAUUUCUACUCAAUUAGACUAUUCCUAGCAUCUUUAUCUUUUUUUUCUGAUGUUUCUCUUUUCAAUUCAAUCAAGAACCUAAUCCACCCCAAAAUAGCAAACUAUUUUAUCUUUUUCCAACUAAUAUCUCCUGCUUUAUCUCAUUCUUCCAUCGCUCUACUCCCUUCCUCCUUCUCAAUGAUCUUCAAUAACCUAGCCUUAUCAAAUUAUAUCCAUUUUCUUAACGACAAAAACCACCACCACUUAAAACAUUCUUUAUUAACCAUUUUUUGGUUUUCCUUUGGCUCCCUAAUAGGUUGGCCCUUCAAUCUAGCCUUGUUCAUCCCCAUGGCUUUUAAAUUCUUAUCCUAUUACUUAAAUAAUAUAAAGAAAUUUCCCCUUUUUUUCUACUCCUCAUCUAUGAUUUUUUUCUCAAUUCUUUUAAUCAUUAAAGAAAUUGACACAAAAUUCUACAAAAAAUUCCAAUUGGUCCCAUUUAAUAUUAUUUUCUACAAUGUUUUAAACUCAAAUGAUAAAUCAGGCCCAAAUAUUUUCGGAACUGAAAAAUUAUCCUACUACAUCUUAAACCUACUCCUAAAUUUCAAUCUAAUUGCAAUCCUAUCCUUUUUAUCUCUAUUCAUAUCCCCAUUAAAUUUAUCUCCAAAUUUAUCCCUCUUCAACUACUUCACUCUAAUUUAUCCCAUGGUCUUCUGGUGUCUAAUCUUCUUUUCUCAACCCCACAAAGAAGAAAGAUUUUUAUACCCAAUUUACCCAUGGAUCAAUCUAUCCACUUCAAUCUUAAUUUAUCAAUUGAUCACUCUAUUCGAUAACUCAUCCAAAUACAAUCUAUCCAGCUUCUUAUCAAAUCAUAGAAACUCAUUAAAUAUAAAAUUAUUUAAAAAAGAAGAUAAUUCAAAUCUAAAAAUUAAUCAAAAACUCAAUUCCAAUACCACCACCACAACUAACGACAAUAUUAAUAACCAAUCAAAUGAUUAUGAAACUCUUUUUUCUCUUUUGUAUAAUAACAUCAAUUUUAUAAUAUUGUUUGUUAGAAAUUUCUUAAAAAUCUUCCUAAUCCUAUUGAUCACUGCUUUCUCAAUUUUAAGAAUCCUUUCACUAGUCAAUAAUUAUUCUGCUCCUUACAUUGUCUAUUCUCACAUCCCUCAAGAUGCAUCUGGUAACAUCUGCGUCGGCAGAGAAUGGUAUAGAUAUCCAUCCUCUUUUUUUUUGCCCGAUAACUUAAGAUUAAAAUUCACCUUAUCUGGAUUCAAUGGUCUACUUCCUGGCGAUUUUGAAGAAAAUAUCGGCUUGAUUGAAUCCAUAUCAAAGAUUCCUAAAAAUAUGAAUAACCAAAAUUUAUUUGAUCCAUCCAAAUUAACAGAUAUUCAAAAUUGUAACUAUUACGUCGAUACCUCAAAGCAAGUCGAUGUUGAAAUCGGUGAAUCUCAACUAAUCUCAAACGAAAAUAAUAUAUUAAAAAUUCAAAAAAAUUGGACUUUAUUACACUGUGAUAAAUUAAUUGAUACUUCAAGUCAAAUCUUAACAAGAGUAUUUUACAUUCCAGUGUUCAUACAAAACUUGAUUGGUAUAAAAACUAAAUAUUUCGAUUAUUGUCUACUAAAGAGAAUUAAUGAUGAUAACUAA